AUGGCUCAACAUAAUAAGACACACCACAGAUUUCUAGUAGAAGUAUUCUUGAAAAUUUUCCUGGUUUCUGAAGGUGUUUUUAAGAAAUUAUUAUUGUCUUCUAACGAUCGACAGAAGGCAACUACUACUACUACUACUACUACUACUACUACUACUACUACUACUACUACUACUACUACUACUACUACUACUACUACUACUACUACUACUACUACUACUACUACUACUGUGGUGCUGUGGUGCGAACUACUUAUAAGUAGUAUAUAG